AGGGCCCAGAUUUGGUCCCAUUACACGGCAUAUUGGACAAAAUGUCAUUUUCUAUAACCUCAAGUUGCUCUAUACCAUAAUAUUCAGGCGACUUUCUACACCAAAAGAAAAUGUUACUUUGCGGGAUGAAGAAAAUGAAUUCGAAAAGGAGAGCAAGAAGCUUGAAGAUCUCAACGAGACGUGUCGGAAACUUAACGAGGUUUCUAAAAAGUGCUCAGAGACAGCUUCAAGUCUGAGUAAAUGUGAAUGGAGAAUCACACAAGAUUUAAUGGCCAGUACACUAUGUAAGUCAGAAUCAAAAUUAAUGCAUUACUGUGAAGAGUGGGAUAAUUCAAUUGUUAAGUUGAACCUUCAUAUGCAAGAAAUGAUGCUGGUGGAACCCAUCCAAAAGUUUAAUAGUAUAUUCCCCAUUUUUCAUGAGGCUAAGAAAAAGUGGCAACAAUCUUUGGAGGAAUACAAAAGAUGUGAAGCUAAGGUCAAAAAGUACCAAGACCGUGAACGUACUGGAAACAAUAUUGUUAAGUUAAAUCAGAGCCAGAAAUCCUUGACGCCAGCCAAAGGAAAGUGCUAUGAACUACACACAAUCUUAAUGGAAGAUAUGUCUAAACUAUAUGAUCUCCAAAUUAGUUACCCUCAAUCAUGUAUUGAAGCAUUAAUCAAAUCUCAGGUUGCCUACAACUCUGAAUGUUACAAGAUCUAUAGUGAGUUAGCUGGCCAUCUUAACCCAGACACGUUCACUAGUGAAGAAUAUGGCAACAGAAUACAACAGAAACUCUCAGAUAUAAAGGCAUUGUCCAUAGUUGACUCAUUAGUUACUUAAUAUUAAUCAAUAUUAAAUCAAAAAGAGAUUUUAUAUGAGGGGGAAAAAAAUCAAAUACUGUUUUAUGUAAUGAAUGAAGUUUAUUCAUAUGAAGUCCACUGAAGAAAUCCAUUUUAAACAUUGGACUACUUUAAAUUUGGCAAACUACUAACUACUGGAGUGACUCAAUAACAAACAUUGUUCUACACAUUGAUUGUAAUAUUUUGUUGUUUCAUAAAUGUCAUCACAUUACUUUUAUCAUGAAAUGUCAUCCUGUGAAAUAUGAUACUGUAGAAAUAAAUGCCUCAGAUUCAUGUGCCAGAUUCUGUAAUGCAUGUCCUAGAUUGUUAGAUGUAUAUCUUAGAUUGUUAUUCAUGUGCUAGAUUAUGAGAUGAAUGUCCCAGAUUGCGAAAUGCAGGUUCCAAGAUUGUGAAAUAUGUAUUCGUUGAUGAGAAAAAUAAUAUUGACAUAAUCUGAAGGCUAUCAUGUUAUCAGUGAUGGAUUUAUCUUGUAGUAAUUGCAGCAUAUGUUGCAGGCCCUGCUUUUUUAAGGAUUCAGAACUAAAUCUUUUAUUAUUACAGUACUAGACUGCCUUCAACCUUUACAAACCACUGGGUGUUUUAGGUUGAUCCAAUACUCAGAAUACUUCCAAGAUCCCAAACAACUUUAAAUUAAACAAAUUACAGAAGUCAAAUUAAAAGGCAAUGGUAAACGUGCAGAUUUGGGUUAUUUUUGUUUUAUUUUUCUAUUUUGAUACAUUAAACUCAUCAUACAAUAA